CCGCUUGAACACCUAGAAGCGGGGUUCUCGUUGACAUGGUCUGAAACAAUGUGAUAGUUUUCUGAACUUUUAUUUUCGAGUGAAAAAGUUUCAUCUGUUUCAAGCUUGUCAUUUGAAUGGAUUGUCCCCAAUAUAUUUGUAUUACCAAUAGACAUAUUUUGACCAUGGGUGCGUUUUUGCUCCUUUUUUUGUGUUCAGUACAAGGAUUUAGUAGUGCAGUGCAAACUUACUCAGAACUUAUUUACCCUGUUCCAAGACACAAAGUUCGGAAUUUAGAGAACCCCGAACCCCAGCUUUCGCCAGCGAGUUUUCAGUGUUCUAAGGGUGUUCCAUGUGGGUACUGUGGCCCCCUGGGAAAGCCAGUAAAGCAAUACUCAUAUGUGACGCGAUACACGGAAGGAAGUGACGUACAAGUGUCAGCCCUCGUCAGUGACGCACGUAAAGGAUCCAUUCAGGUUUCCCUCUGUGUCCGCAAUGACUCGUCGAAGAAUGAAAACGAGGCUUGUGUCCAAGACAUUCAACUGUAUAUACCCGAAACAGAUGAUGUCGAGGUCCCCGUAAUUCCAUCCAAAGAAAUAUCAUUCAGUGCUAGACUACCGGCAGGAGUAACCUGCCAGAACUGUAUUCUAAGAUGGAGUCUAAUCGAAGCCGACCCCUCCUGUUCUGGAUGUACAGUGACCACUAUAAACUGUGCUGACAUUGCUAUUGAUGCGCGCGCACUUCGACGAAAACGUCAGUCUGGACCAAAGAAAUCCAAGAAGAAGACAAAGAAGACGAAGAAAAGCAAGAUGCCUCUUCUUCCACCACUUCGCUCAAAAAAGACGACGGCCGCUCCAACCAAAUCUACAACCAGGGCUGCUCCAUCAUUUUUUGAAAUGGUUCAGCAAAUAGUUGCGAGACAGGAAGUUGACCCAAAUCUACAAAGUAAAGGAUUGAAUGUCAUAAGAAAUACACAACCACCCCAAAACCAUUUUGGAUCAACCCCUCUGUAUGUGACACCCAAAGUAAAUCCAACAUACCCUAACAAACCCCCAGUUCCAAGAAGACAAUCUAGGGUGCAUGUUACCCCUAGCCCACCGGCGUAUGCGAAUCUCAGAAAUGUUCCAAGUAUCCCUCAUAACAAAUACGUCCGACAGAACAAUAAAAGGCAACAUCAGACAAUGUAUUCGUCUGGUGUUAAUACUUUAGAAAAACCCGAAUUUCGUGAUAAAGAUGGUAUCAUUCAAAAAGCUGCUCCAUCUAAUGCUUUUCUUGCAGCUAUUCGUCGCUUUAAGAAAGAAAAGAUGGGUUUAGAUGAGAUGAUACACAAUGACAAACCACAGAUGGGAGAGUUUCAUGAUAAUGUAGACAUUACACGCGUGAAAAAAGUAGAAAAACCAGGAAACCUCAUACCAUCGGAUAAUGCUCUGGUUGACAAAGGGAAGUACCAAAAAGGAAUGUUGCCUUCCAAAUACGAUUAUUUUGACAAAACACCAAAAACUCAAGCACCAAGAACUACCACUAAGAAAACUACUACUAAACCAAAACCCACAACAGUCGCGCCAACAACAGUUCGUACAAAACCACCGAAGAAGGAAGGCGUUAGAAAUUUAGCAAGAAAUACGUUUUUAGAAGCUAUAAUGAAAUUAGCUGGUAAUAAGAAUGUGAACUCAGGGAGUAUCCAAAGCAACGAACCAGCUUAUUCAAGCGUCAAUGAGAUAAGUCAAGUCAAUAAAAUAGUUGAAAAGUCACAGAGUAAGCAAACAGACACCAAAGAUUCUUUCAUGCAAGCUAUCAAAAAAGUAGAGCCCCAACAGAGAAAAACACUUCAGGAAACUCAGAACAUUCAACCUAAAAGACCCACAACCGAACAGUUUUCGACACUUUCACCUACCAGUAAGUCAACACUGAAAGCAGCAACCAAGAAAGGCCUUUUACCAAAAUGGGAUUCAAAAAAAUUCAAAACGACAAAAUACACUACAGCAUCAUCUACCGCGCAGUCGACUUCUUCUACAACAAAAUAUACAAAAGCACAAAUGUCUACUAAAUAUGACCCAUCAUACGAAACCACAACAGGAAUAAAUGUAUACAGCCCACAAGAAAACCCCCUCCCGGAUGUCUUGCCAAUGGAAGAUAAUCCUUAUAUGAACUUUUUUGUGAUUCUUCCCCCAAUGGAUAAAGGCGAAAAUGAGGGAACAGCAUCCGAAACAACGGUGCUUGUUGAUACAUACCCUGCAGAGGAUUUUACUUCAGCAAGUACAGUCAACAGAGAUUUUACACCACAGACCUCAUUUAAAUCAACACAAAAACCCAUAAAAACACCUUCUCAAGCAGUAGAUUAUACUCCGUCAAAGACAACCCUCCAACCAACCUAUCGUACACACACAACGCCAAAAGCGGACGUAAAUUCAAAAAGUUUUAUAGAAAAAACAAGUAAAAAAAUGACAUCAUCUUCUGGGCUGUUAGGGCGUCUCGCUAUCAAGGACACUACCAAAACUACAAAGACAACAACGACCGGAAAGGUCACAUCUCCAGUUGAUAGUCCAUCCCAAGACCGAUUUACACCACCACUGUCAACCGACAGUUCGCUGUCUACAAUUGAAGAGUCGCUUAAAACCAAUAAAGUUACACCAUCUGAUUCCUUACCCUUUGAAGAAGGAACCAACCAGUCAAAGUCUUCUCCAUUUCUACCAAUGAAAGAAAACGGCGCACAACCAAAGACAACCUCAAGUUCAACCACAACACUUAAAGCUAAUAAUGAAAAUGUAGGUUUGUUAAACAUGGACUCGCUCAAAACCAAUAAGGUUACACCUUCUCCUUACUCAAACCCUAAUGAAAGAACCAAACAGUCAAAGUCUUCUCCAUUUCUACCAUUCAUAAAAAACACCGAGCAACCAAAGACAACCUUAAGUUCAACCACAACGCUUAAAGCUAAAAACAAAAAUGUAGGUUUGUUAAACAUGGACUCGCUAUUAACCGAUAAGGUUACCCCAUCUUCUUACUUACCUUCAGAUGAAAGGACCAAACAAUCAAAGUCUUCUCCAUUUCUACCAUUCAGAGAAAACACUGAACAACCGAAGACAACCCAAAGUUCAACCACAACACUAAAAGCUAAAAACAAAAAUGUAGGUUUGUUAAACAUGGACUCUCUAAUAACCGAUAAGGUUACGCCAUCUUCUUACUUACCUUCAGAUGAAAGGACCAAACAAUCAAAGUCUUCUCCAUUUCUACCAUUCACAGAAAACACUGAACAACCGAAGACAACCCAAAGUUCAACCACAACACUAAAAGCUAAAAACAAAAAUGUAGGUUUGUUAAACAUGGACUCUCUAAUAACCGAUAAGGUUACGCCAUCUUCUUACUUACCUUCAGAUAAAAGGAUCAAACAAUCAAAGUCUUCUCAAUUUCUACCAUUCAGAGAAAACACUGAACAACCGACGACAACCCAAAGUUCAACUAAAACACCCAAAGCAGUAAAGGAAAAUGUAGGUUUAUUAAACAUGGACUUUAAACCUAAAUCACUCUUGGAUAAGUUACCAGUGUUUCCGAAUAAUAACAAAAUAUAUACUGCUUCAUCUAGCACAGUUUCGUCUACAACACAAUUACAAGAGGAAACCCCUUUGAAUGAUGUUUCAGCACUAGCAUUCAAAGAACUAUUUGAGCCAAAUAAAUUUAAAGAGUCACAGAACAAGAUAAAGGAGAACGUUCAUUCAACAUUAACGACCCAGAAUAUACCAUCAACAUAUGUAACAAAAAAUACAGCGGGUUCUGUUGCUAAUAAUAACCUUGAAUCUACGCAAUCAAGUUCUACAUCACAACUACAUGCGGAAAUGCACAAAAACAAUAAUAAGAUACAAAGUUAUGAUUUGCUAGAUAAAGAGUUACAUGAUAAAAUGUUCGAUUCUAAGACAAACACAGGGUCAUCUGUGCCAGUUUACUUGGACACAAUUCAUGCUGAUAUGUAUAAAACUAAACCUUUAGAAGAAGAAAGGAAAUCAAAUUUACCUUCUCGAGAAAAGACAGCUCCUAUGGAGGAAAAGAAUCUCGGUGGAUUACUUCCUUUAUUGGAACCAAUGACUGAGAAGAAAAAAUCAGGAUUUCUUCUCCCUAUGCCUGAAAUGCCAGCCAAAAGUUCUGUAGACUCUCGUUCAAAAUCAAAAUCUUCAAUGAUAACUGCAAGAGCAACUGUUACGCAGUCUCCCCCUACGUCACCUUCAUCGACUUCAACACAAACAACACGUACUAGUACAGCUCCUUUAGAGUCAUCGUUAAUGGAAAAGAUGCGCGAGAUACAGGAAUUACAAUUGCAAAAGCUGCAAAGAGAAAUUGAAAAUCUGAAAAUGAAGCUUUUGGAAAUACAUCAACAUGCAAUCACCUCAAGAGUUCCGAUAACAAAACCUCGUACAACACAAAUGCCAACGACAACGACAACAACAACAACGCAGAAGCCAACAACUACAACAAGCAAACCAACCACACAAAAGCCUACAACAACCACCACACAGAUGCCAACAACGGUAAAACUGACAACACAAAAGCCAACAACAACAACAAUAAAACCGACAACUACAACACAGCCAACAACAACAACAGAACAGCCAACAACAACCACACCAAGACCAACAACAACAACAGAGGAGCAAACAACCACUACCACUGAAAUACCAACAACCACUACCACUGAAAUACCAACAACCACUACCACUGAAAUACCAACAACCACUUCGACAUAUAUGACAACCACAACAGUUCCGACAACAACGACAGAAUCAAUAGCUGUGCUUAUGAGAAAUUUUCUUAAGAUAUUCCGUCCAAUGCUGUACCGUGAACUCCACAUGAGUCCACAACAGCGUGUAACAGAACCUGCUAUCAUCCCAAUGACGAUGGUCAAAAGAACAACACGAUCUCCCACUUCUACAACGUGGACAACUCAGCAACCAACGACUCCAUAUCCCACAACAACUGAGGCUCCUCCCACUACAUACUCUCCUACAACAACAACAACGACGUAUUCUCCAACAACAACAACAACAACUACCACAACAACAAUUACGACAACGCCCGAACCAACUACAACGAAAACAACUCUCUCAGAAAAACUCAUCCUAAAGCAACUGUUGAUGGAACACCAUCCAGACGUAUACAACCGUCUCUACAGGACACAAACACAGGGCUUGGCUAAGUUGGAGACAACAAAAACAACAUCUUAUCCAACCACAGAUCCUCUAACCACUGGUAUUGACCCUUACAUGGAACUCAUGGAAAUGGCUGACUUAACUUCAUCACCAUCAAUAUCUUCAUCAGCAACGACGUCGAUGAGGACAACAAAACAAACAACACAAUCAACUACAACAGUGCCAACGACAACAACACCACAACCAACAACAACAACAACUGUUUACACUACACCAUCCACAACUACAACAGCCACCACAUCGAGACAAGUCACCAACACGAACAAAGAGACUACCGCCCCCCAGACUGACAAGGAAAUUAGUUUCUAUGAGUUCUUGGAAAAGGCAAAACUUGCAAACAUACCAAUUCCACCCAAAAUCCGCGAAGAACUUCAAAAUGUUUUUGAAAAGAGCACUACAAAAUCGACAACCACUAGAUUCACUACAAGAAGGCCAAAUGGGCAGCCCAUCCCAGUUGAUCCCAUGCUUCUUGUAGAUUUCGAUACACCUAAAAAGCCAAGUCCAGUAAGGCGGUGGAACCCACCUGCACCAAUCGAGAUAUUCAAGGUUCAAUCGACAAAAGCAUCUACAACACCACGUCAAACUACAACCACCACUCGGAAAUCCACCACUGUCACGCCUGCACCAACUACAACGAAGACACCGAUUACCGAAAUUCUUCAGAAAUACAGAGAGAUGUACGAACAAGGAGUGGACAAGCAGAAGAUUGUCCAGGCUAUCUUCCAAAACAUCGAUAUUGAUACACUGAUGGAAAACAAGGCGUUAUUCAACGACAUUCUUUCUCCAAAAUCUUCACCGCGUCAGGCUAACUACAGUCCGUCAACCACGCUUGGGUAUCGGUUUGAUACUGAGCACAACUACGGACCAGGUUCAAUGAACUAUGAUUCUCACAACUACGGGCCAAGUGCUGUACGUAAUCAGAACAUGAUUCAGUACUCGGAGCGGCAGUCCAACAGGGACGGGUCCCCAGGCCUCAGUGCAUACGACAACAGGGUGAUGGGAAUUCCCGUCGUACCCUUCGAUAGCAAAAGCACAAGUCAACCAUUCCGAUUUGCCCCAAGCUUCAGAAUGGAUGCCCAAGAGCCCGUCGGUUGGCCAUCGCAAGUAAACGAUGUGCAAAUGCGAGAGUAUAUCAACAAUGGCGAUGUAUCGGCAAACAAUAUUGACAAGAAUGGAUAUGGACCUUACGAAACUAUUCAGGGACAAUUCGACUCUGUCGCAGCGGGAAAUCAAAAUUCAGGAUUUGUUUCAAACAAUAACGAGGGCUAUCAUCCCAACACACGUCCGCCUGUGUUACAGCUGGAGAAUACUGUGGCUACCAGACACAGCGGUCUGAGUGGUCACAACCACGGGCCGCUCGUCGUGGGUCCCAGCGGUUCUCUGAUGGACCUCGGCAUGGUCAACAAGUUACAUAACGCUGAGCGGCCGGGCGGCGGGGCUGUCAUCAUGUCCAAGUCUCUAGGGGCAAACAUGGUCCUCCACGCUCAGGACACCAUCGGAGGAGGGGUGGAGAGCGGCACCCUCUCACAGAAUCCUCACGAUCUGGGUCCUCAAGAUUUUACGAUGAAACGCCGCUCGGGAUCCCUGUCCAACGCCGCGGGGCACACAGGCGGCAGUCAUCUGUCAGCACCCGGCGCCUCACUCUCCGGGGAACGCUUCAGACUAAGAAGAAGCACGCGCAACCAUUACCCUGACCCCCACAGAAGGAGGGAGUACAUGUUAGAGGAACAGUACAUCGUGACCGAGGGCGGCAAGCUGACUUGUGCCGCCGGCGAGGAGCUCCAGUGUGUCGGCAUUGGUGAGUUUAAAGACGUUGCGGGAAUAAACUGGUUCUGUCUGAGUAUGUGUGAAGGAGACAGAUGCCCGCGUAAUAAGUGUCAAUGUGGCUGUAGGGAUCAAAGUACAGACAAGUGGCGGCCCCUAUCGGUCAAGUGAUUGAUGAUGUAAUCCAUGCAUGCUUGGGUCGGGGCGAUUCAAGUGUACUGUUUGAAUGACUUCAUUGUUUGUUCUGUUAUGUGUUACUUUGAAAAUAAAUAUACCUAUUUUUGUUUAAUGUUGUCCGCCUU